ACCACACUUUCUCUCACCAUCGUGUUCUUUCUCUCUCUGUCUCGGACAACACUCUCUCUAUCUUGAAGGGCAUCAACAACUACAACACAGAAACACAGAACCCUCUUCCCUCUCUCCCUCUUCACACAAAAAUCUCACAUACAAAUCACAUACAUGACCUUCAGGUAUUAGUGACAAGGAUUUGAAUCAAUCAUGUCGGAAGGUGCUGAAAUCGAUGAGCGUGUGGACUUUGAUGAUGAGAAUUACAUGGAAGAGAUGGAUGACGAUGAUGUCGAGGAACAAUCAGAUGGCGAUGAUGAGGAUGAUGAUGAUGAUGGGGAUGGCGAUGAUAAUAAUAACAACGAUAAUGCGAACGAUAAUGAUGACGACGAUGACGACGACGACGAUGAUGGAGUGGAUGGACAAGGUGAGGAAAAUGCUGAAGAACAGGAAUAUGAAGACUCGGGGGAGGAGGCUGGUGGGAAAGACCAAAUGGCCAAAGGGGAUAGAAGUGGCAUUACCACUGGGUCCGAAGGAGAUGGGCUGAAACCACCUUUCAUCGAUGAAGAAGAGAAACAGAAGCAUGAUGAACUUCUUGCACUGCCUCCUCAUGGUUCUGAAGUUUUUAUUGGUGGACUUCCUCGGGAUGUUUGCGAGGAUGAUUUGAGGGAAUUGUGCGAAUCGUUGGGUGAAAUUUUUGAGGUGCGAUUGAUGAAAGACAGGGACAGUGGAGAAGGUAAGGGGUAUGCUUUUGUGGCUUUCAAAACAAAAGAGGUUGCACAAAAUGCCAUAGAAGAGAUACACAAUAAGAAAUAUAAGGGUAAAACUUUGAGGUGUUCACUAUCUGAGACAAAACAAAGAUUGUUCAUUGGUAAUGUUCCGAAAACUUGGACUGAGGAGGAAUUUAGGAGAGUAGUCGAGGGUGUUGGUCCUGGAGUUGAAGUCAUUGAGCUCUUUAAGGACGUUCAAAAUCCUAGCAGGAACCGUGGGUUUGCGUUCGUGUCGUAUUACAAUAAUGCAUGCGCGGAUUAUUCAAGGCAGAAAAUGUCAACUGCAGGUUUUAAGCUGGAAGGUAAUACCCCAACUGUCACAUGGGCAGAUCCAAAGAAUUCAACUGAUCAUUCAGCUGCUUCCCAGGUUAAAGCUCUUUAUGUGAAGAACAUACCUGAGAAUACUACUACCGAACAACUUAAGGAACUGUUCUCUCGUCAUGGAGAAGUAACAAAAGUGGUCAUGCCACCUAGCAAAGCCGGAGGGAAGCGUGAUUUUGGUUUCAUCCAUUAUGCAGAGAGGUCAAGUGCAUUAAAGGCCGUAAAAGACUCAGAGAAAUACGAAGUUGAUGGCCAAUUGCUUGAGGUUGUUCUUGCGAAACCUCAAGCUGAGAAAAAACCCGAUAUGGGUUACGGCUAUAAUCCUGGACUUGCACAUCCUGGGUUUGGUGGUGCCUUUGCUGGAAAUCCGUAUGGCUCGGCAAUAGGUGCUGCAGGAGCUGGAUAUGGUGUUGCUCCUAGCUUUCAACAGCCGCAGCAACCAGUGAUAUAUGGUAGGGGUCCAAUGCCGGCUGGAAUGCAGAUGGUUCCGAUGGUAUUGCCAGAUGGUAGAAUCGGCUAUGUCUUUCAACAGCCUGGUGUACAGAUGCCAGCACCUCGUCCACGCGGGCCUGGGAGGGGCAACAGUUCAGGGGGUCCUGCAGGAAGAGGGGGAGGCAGUGGCAAUGAGGGCAGCGGUAAACGCGGUCGGAGGUAUCAACCGUACUAGGCUGCAGUUACAAGUGAUAUGGCCAUUUUCUUAGCUAUGGUGAGAGGGGUUUGUAGAGCAAGAAACAUGUAAACUUGUUUGCUAUAAAUACCUUGAAACCAAAACCCCCACUGCAUAAAAUAUUCCAUUAGUAGGGUGGAGGGGGGAAAAAAGAAAAGAAAAAGUCUAUAUAAUACUGAAGAUAAAGUUGUACCAUUAGGACUAUGAUUCUGCUGUUUAUUAUUGAUUGAUCUUAAUUCUUAGGUGAGUAUUAGCUUUUGAUUUUAACUGUGUAUUGCUUAUAUAGGCAGCAGUAGAAAAUGUUGAUUUAGUUUUGACUUUUGAUAAACUUCAUGGAUUUGUUGCUUUUGAGAAACUUCAUGACCCUUUUAAUUAAUUAAGGCUAUUAGAGUUUAUUAGGCCUCUGUC